AUGGCCAGAACCAAGCAAACCGCUCGCAAAUCCACCGGUGGCAAAGCACCCAGGAAGCAGCUCGCCACCAAGGCUGCGCGCAAGAGCGCCCCGGCCACCGGCGGCGUGAAGAAGCCUCACCGUUACAGGCCCGGCACCGUGGCUCUUAGAGAGAUCCGUCGUUACCAGAAGUCCACUGAGCUGCUGAUCCGCAAACUGCCUUUCCAGCGCCUGGUGCGAGAAAUUGCCCAGGACUUUAAGACCGACCUGCGCUUCCAGAGUUCCGCAGUGAUGGCCCUGCAGGAAGCAAGCGAGGCUUACCUGGUCGGCCUGUUCGAGGACACCAACCUGUGCGCCAUCCACGCCAAGAGGGUGACCAACAAGCCCAAGGACAUCCAGCUGGCCCGUCGUAUUCGCGGAGAGCGCGCAAGCGCCAUGGCCAGAACCAAGCAAACCGCUCGCAAAUCCACCGGUGGCAAAGCACCCAGGAAGCAGCUCGCCACCAAGGCUGCGCGCAAGAGCGCCCCGGCCACCGGCGGCGUGAAGAAGCCUCACCGUUACAGGCCCGGCACCGUGGCUCUUAGAGAGAUCCGUCGUUACCAGAAGUCCACUGAGCUGCUGAUCCGCAAACUGCCUUUCCAGCGCCUGGUGCGAGAAAUUGCCCAGGACUUUAAGACCGACCUGCGCUUCCAGAGUUCCGCAGUGAUGGCCCUGCAGGAAGCAAGCGAGGCUUACCUGGUCGGCCUGUUCGAGGACACCAACCUGUGCGCCAUCCACGCCAAGAGGGUGACCAUCAUGCCCAAGGACAUCCAGCUGGCCCGUCGUAUUCGCGGAGAGCGCGCAUAA